GCUCUGUGUUUACUAAAUACAACGAUGCUGCAGCAACAUAAAAUUGGCUCCUUUUAGGGAGCAGCUAUGCGGGAGAAGCGCUUCUGCGCAACGGCAGCAGCGCUUCUGCUAGGUCUCGCGCUGCUACCACUGCUGCAACCUGCGAUCGGUCAAAAAGCAUGUCCAGAAGGCUGUAGUAAAUUCGGGACGUGCAAUUUGGAGUUGGGCAGAUGCGACUGCCCCUGGAACUAUACCGGCGAUGCGUGCCAGACUCACAACCCAGCGGGCUUCUGCGUGAAGCGCCUGGGCGUAGACAACCCCAUCAACACCUGUAAAGAUGGCGAUCCGACACUAUGUGUCAACGCCUGUAAUGGGCGGGGAGACUGCAAGGGUGGCUUUUGCCACUGCAAAGAAGGGUACUUCGGGACGGACUGUGCACUAUCGUAUAACGAUCAGGGGAAAAUUGAGGUGCUUGCGGGCCUGAACUACCGCCUGAACAAGCGGGGCCCCAACAUUUACAUCUACGAGGUGCCCCCGGAGUACCACGUCAAGCGCGAUAUCCACAAGGUGGACCGGCCGCCGCUGCAGCUGGCCUUCAUGGAGCGCAUCCUGUCGGGGGGCCACCGCACACACAACCCAGAGGAGGCGGACUUCUUCUACAUCCCCGGCAGCUCCCGCGAUCUGAAGAAGGCCUUCCUGCUGCAGCCGCUGCUGGCCUACAUCAGCACCACCUGGCCCUUCUGGAACGCCACCGGAGGGGCCAGGCACAUCAUGCCGGCGGAGGGCGACGUGGGCACGUGCGAGCUGCCGCUCAAGGUGCGGCUGUUCACGGCCAACGUGACGUGGCUGCAGUUCUGGGGCAUGUACGACUUCCACCCGCACUGGACCCAGAUCUUCCACAACCGCAUCCCCUGCAUGGUGCCGGGCCGGGACAUCGUGGUGCCCUUCAUGGCCAUGUCCAGCCACGACCGCUUCGUGAUUGAGACGCCGCUGCACCCGCGCAACCAGAAGCGUAACCGCACCAACACCUUCUUCUUCGCGGGCGGCGUGUGCGGCAGCGGCAACAAGCGCGCGCUGCCGCCGCACUGCACCUACUACAAGCAAGUGCGCUACAGCGGCGGCGUGCGCCAGGCGGUGUACCUGCACUUCCACAACCGCACCGGCUGGCGUGUUGUGCCCGGCACCGACGACUACGCGCGCGACUACGCCUCCAGCCGCUUCUGCCUGGCGGCGGCGGGCGGCGGCUGGGGCAAGCGCGGCAUCGUGGCAGCCAUGUACGGCUGCAUCCCCGUGGCGGCCACCGACAUGCUGUACGAGGCCUUCGAGCCGGAGAUGGACUGGGGCAGGUUCGGUGUGCGCAUCACGCAGGCCGAGAUCCCCCAGCUCGCGGACAAGCUGGAGGCGUACAGCGAGGCGGAGGUGGCGCGCAUGCAGGAGCGCACCGCCUGCGCCGCGCAGCACCUGCACUGGAGCACCAACCUGGGGGGCAUCAUGGGCGAGACAGGCGAGUUUGACGCCUUCAACACCAUCAUGGCCAUCUUGCGGAUGCGGCGAAAGCGGCCCGACCUAAAGCCGGAGCAGUACUACGACCAGGACGAGGACUUUAAAAACUUUAUCGACUGCAAGCCAUACCGGCCCUCGGCACGGCACACCCCCCUCUGCACCAUGUACGUGGGCCCGGGCAUGGAGCCGCGCGGCUACGAGGACGCCUGCCCCGCCGCCCGGUACUACUUCCGCCGCAAGAUGGGGCCGCCCGGCGGCGCCAUCUGCGCGCUGGCCAACAGCCGCUCCGCAGCGUGCUGCCAGCUGCAGAUAUGGCUGGCGGUAGCGGCGGGGCCGGCGGCGGAGGCAGCAGCAGCCGAGCAGCACAGGCGCUGCGCAGCAGUGUGGAGCGUGGGAGGACGGGCGCAGCGGCCGAGGGCACUGGGCGCGGACGUGGCGGCGGGCGGGCGGGGGCAGGAGCGCAGCCGGCAGCUGGUGCGUGGAGCCGAGCGGAGUCCAAGGGGGGGUGCUGUCGUGCCCAGGGUCGCUGCUGCGGCGGCAGACGACCCACAGGCUGCGGCGCCCCCGCUGUGCACCAUGUUCAUCAGCCCGCUGUACACCAAGUUCGACGACACCUGCCCCGCCAAGCACUUCAGGUACUACAUGCGACGGAAGAUGGGCCCGCCCGGCGGCGCCAUCUGUGUAGACGCCAAGGACCUGGCCUCAUGCCGCCGCUUUGACUGAUGCCGUUUGGGCUACCGGAGAGGUCUGCUGGCAUCGUUUGCUCGCCAGCGAAGAGCACAUGUGCGGGUACCCUGCUCCAGACCCCAGUGGUGCGCCACCUUCAUCGGUGGCGGACUAUUACUGGGGCAGUAGGCGCUGUAUGCCAGAGCGUGCCGGUGCCUGUGUCAUGAGCAGUGGUGGAGAGCAGUGGCGUAAGCAGUCGAGCAGGGUGGGGUCCGAGGACCCAAACGAAUGAAUAUGUGCAAUGAGAACUGCUGCAUCACAAAUGCAGGAAACAAACGAAUUUGUGGGAGACUGAUGCGCCUGUGACUGGUGUUUGCAACCGGCAAAGAAUGCAUGAAGCUGCGGGUGUGCUGCGGCAGGCUGCGGUAGCGCGAGUGAACCGCCGCAGGUGUGGGCUGGCCGCUACGCCGGGAUGUUCAAGGCUGUAAAAGCUUGGAGGC